AUGACCCGCCACCUCGACUCGUUCGUGUGCCCGAUCACGCACGACGUCAUGGCUGACCCGGUCGUGACGAUGGAUGGCCACUCGUACGAGCGGUCGGCCAUCGCAGAGUGGAUCCGCACCAGUCGCGAGACGGCGCCCGGCGGCCAAGUGACGAGCCCAGCGACGAACCUACCGCUGCGCUCGCUGCAGCUCAUCCCGAACCUCGCGCUCAAGCGGUCCAUCGAAGAGUACCGCAACGAGCGGCCGUCGUCUCGCGGCGCUUCGCCCGUUGCACGGGCCGUCUCUGCAGUCGCGGUCGCUCCGCCUUUGCGGCGGACGGAGGCGCUGCCAGAGGUCGGCUUCUUUGUCUACCGCGCGAACGUGGCGCUCGCAGUCUACUCACGGCCGUCGUUUGGCCCUCCCGUGCGCAGCCGGUCGAAUGGCAACGCCGUGACGCUGCCCGCUGGCGAGCUCGUCGUCGUGACCAAGCGCGUCUACGGCACCGCGUCCAACCAUGUCUUCUUGCUCCUGGCGGCCACCAACGAAUCUGCGCUGAGCAAUCGCUACAUCUGCGAGCAGCAAGAGCACGCGCCGUACACUGCCGUGGCAGUACGCGCGACGACGACACCAGAGCGUGCAACGUACGCUGCGACCGAAGUAUCGCUGUUUUACUGCCGCCCCACAACCAGCCGCAGCUCCCUCUUCACGCCCAACGAGUUGCUCCAAGCCAACAACUUUGUGGCAUCGGACCUGCGCGUGCGAGACCCCGUGACGCACGACGUCUUUAUCCGGCUCGACAACUGCACCAUGUGGCUGCCACUGCGCUGCUUGCGGCUAUACACUGCGAACACGACCCGCACCAUCAUCAAGGUGUCAACGCCGACGAACUUGUACCGCAACAUCUACACAUGGCCGCACAGCACUGUUCUGGCAACGCUGCCUGUGAACCACCUCGUCGCAACAACGAUGUACGUCGCCGCAAGCAACGGCAGCCUGUACGCGCGCAUCUCGUACGACGAUGCCGUCGGUUGGUGCUGUCUCAGGCAGUCGGACAUCCUUCCGCAGUGUCCGCCGCGCCUGGCCGAGCAAGCCGCCGGCCGGUCAAUUCCAGUCGCGAUCGUUCGAGGCAAUAGCUACCUCCUCGUGCUCAACGAGGUCCAAGACGACGGCUCGAUCGAGCAAAACAUCGAGUACGACUGGCUUCCUCCGGACAUGGAGCGCCAGAUCAACAACUGCAUUGCAAAAGGCCGGCACGUGACGCACGCAGCGCUCGGCCCGAAUGACGAGUGGUACAUUAGCGGCACCAAGCCCGACGGGUCCGGUGCCCACUGCUGGGCCAGCGAGAACGUCUCGGAUGCCUUUCUGGAGCAAAUGUCGAUCAACUGCCGCGUCGCCUUUGGACGCAACGGCAGAUUUGCGCUCGUCGACGACGUCGACGACGCGGCCGAGGCACGUGGAUUGAGCUACGCUCUCGAGGAAGCCUUGUUCAACGCGCGCAAAAUCCACACGUUUGGCUUUGAUCGGAACAACGGCUUCUUCGUCAAGCAUUCGGGCGGUGUCCACGCAGACAACAUUCCACACUGGUUCAAAAGCGAUGUUUUGGCGGCAACGCCCGAGCGUGGCAACGGUGCGCUCGUGUCAGCGUCCAAGUGGGCCCACGACUACGUGGUCAUCUACGAGCAUUGGUUUGCGACGAACGAUGGGCCCGAGGACAUGGUCGACGCGCUCGGAGAGUUUUACAACCGUCACCUCGACGUCCGCAACGACCGGCGGCGACUCAUCCAGCGCUAUCAUGAGCUGGCGUAGGCGUCAAUGCGAACCAAUGCGACGCUGGCAUCGUAACUUUAUACGGCAUAGCUGUCUUUUUG